UCCUACCUGCCAUCAUAAACUCUACCGUUUACCGAGUUUGUUUGUUAAAAGGAAAAACAGCUUGUGUUUUCUUUCUGUUUAUUUCCAUAUUUUGUCCUCCAAAUAAUUUUUCCAUGGAAAACAAGGAUAACUAUCUUGAAACAAGCAAAGCUGAAAGGUCGGUGUGGUUAAUGAAAUGCCCUGGAUUAGUUUCACGCUCUCUCAAAGCCCCUCAACUCUCUUCUUCUUCUUCUACCUCUUCUGCUUCUCCUUCUCAAGCGGUUGCCAAAGUUAUUCUAUCCAUUGACCCCCGUGUUUCCAGUGAUGAUAAUGACUCCUCUUCUCCUCAGUUCACCAUGGAAUUGGUUGGCACAGAAACCGGGGAUGUACCGAAGCGCUAUUCCAUGGAUAUGACCAAAGACUUUGUUCCAAUGUCUGUGUUUUCUGAGACUUCCCAAGGAAAGCUUGCGGUUGAGGGAAAAAUACUGAACAAGUUUGACAUGAGACCUCAUGAUGAAAACAUCGAAAACUAUGGGAAACUUUGCCGUGAAAGGACAAAUCAAUCUAUGAACAAAUCCAGACAGAUACAGGUCAUCGACAAUGAUAAUGGAACUCACAUGAGGCCUAUGCCAGGGAUGAUUAUUGCUGCUGUAUUCAAUGAAAAGAAGAAGGCGCCUGCCAAGACAUCUGAUACAAAAAGAACAAGGAGGGAUCGUGGGGAGAUGGAAGAUAUUAUGUUUAAGCUCUUUGAAAGGCAAUCGAAUUGGACUUUAAGACAACUGAUUCAAGAGACAGACCAACCUGAACAAUUUCUGAAAGAUAUACUUAAAGACCUGUGUAUAUACAACAACAAGGGAACUAAUCAAGGAUCGUAUGAGCUGAAACCUGAAUACAAGAAAGCAACCGAUGGUACUAAUCCUUAAGAAUCAGAAUUAUUAUCCAAUUCUUCAAUGCAUCAAGAAAUAACCAAGGACCAUUUGAUUGCCCUUUUGGUAUAUAUAUUGUUUCAACAGAGCAAACUAAAUGAUGCCGUUUUUGGCAGUUCUGAACUUGGCUCAAGCAUUUUGGGGUUUCAUUUUCAGUUUUUUAUCAUGACACCAUUGAUUUGUUCCAAGUUUUUAUUUCUUUGAUUUCAUUCUGGUAAAUAUGGAUUGUUCUUUUUUUUUUUUUUCAAGGCUGAAUUUGUUUCAGAUGAUUGAGGAUAAGAUAUUUGGAUUUUUAUGCUACAGGGGCAAAGAGAUAAUGAAUGCAUUCAAUUCAAUCAAGAUAGCCCGUAGUAGCAGGGAGUAACUACGUUAUAGGUGCCUCAUCCCCCAAAAAAAAAAAGAAGGCUCACCCCAGAUUUCCUCCCUUGAAAUAUUUAAGUAUACAUUUAUGAAUGUAAAUACGAAUUGGCUCCCAACUAAAAGCAGUUCCUUUUUUUUUUUUUAAUCAAAGAUGAUUUCAUUGAAAUGAGAAUCAAAUACGGCAGAGAUCCCAUACAAAAAGAAAAGCCAUGCACGCUAAAAUCCCAGAAUAGCCAUACCCAAAUGAAAAAAUCUUAAAAGCUGGACGAAGUAAAGGACAGGAGCCAAACAAGUUUUGAGUAAAGCCAGCCUUCCUCGGAGAAAAAUUCAUGUAAGCGGCGAGAUACUAAGCAAUAACUUGAGAGCUCAAAAACAAACCAUUAAGGCAAACAAAAGAAACAGAGACAAAUAGACCCAUCGGUAGGCCUUGCAACAAAGGCAUAAAAGGUAAAAUAAAUAAUAUUGUUACAUCCCGUCCGGCCCGGAACAUGUGGCAGCACGGUAAGCCACUCGAGAGAUGCCCCUCGAUUCUCUAUCAACCAGCUAGUUACCAAAGGACCAGUAGCCCGAAAGGUCUGAUUCCAAUCAACCUCCCGUUUUCCUUUUAGAGGAUCGAGCAUUCUUGCAAGCUAGCCACUCGCUUUCGCCAGAAUAUUCUCAUCCACCAACUAACCAUCCUCUAGCAUGUCUCCUUUGAAUCCUAUGGAGCAGAUAGCUCAUUAUUUGCAGUAGGCCACUGCUUGCCUUGCCACUCUCUAGCUCAGCUGACCGUCACCACUAUACCAUUGGACCAGGCUUCUCAGUAGCAGCCUUCUAGGUCCCAACCAUAUGCUUCAGAAGUGCAGAAGAAAA